CCUCAUGGAUUUGUACCUGUUUGGAUAUAUGAUGUGCUUAUGGUUGUCCAGUUCAAGGGUCCUUGGAGGCUAUCCCAUCUGGUGGUCCCUGGCCCUGGGGCAGCAGUACUCCUCGCUGGGCUCCCAGCCCAUCCUGUGCGGCUCCAUCCCCGGCCUGGUGCCCAAGCAGCUGCGCUUCUGCCGCAACUACAUCGAGAUCAUGCCCAGCGUGGCUGAGGGCGUCAAGCUGGGCAUCCAGGAGUGCCAGCACCAGUUCCGCGGCCGGCGCUGGAACUGCACCACCAUCGAGGACAACCUGGCCAUCUUCGGGCCCGUGCUGGACAAGGCAACGCGGGAGUCGGCCUUCGUGCACGCCAUCGCCUCGGCCGGGGUGGCGUUCGCCGUGACGCGCUCGUGCGCUGAGGGCACCUCCACCAUGUGCGGCUGUGACUCCCACCACAAGGGCCCCCCCGGCGAGGGCUGGAAGUGGGGCGGCUGCAGCGAGGACGCCGAGUUCGGGGUGCUGGUGUCCCGCGAGUUCGCCGACGCCCGGGAGAAUCGCCCCGACGCCCGCUCCGCCAUGAACCGGCACAACAACGAGGCCGGCCGCACGACCAUCCUGGACCACAUGCACCUGCGAUGCAAGUGCCACGGCCUGUCGGGCAGCUGCGAAGUGAAGACCUGCUGGUGGGCGCAGCCGGACUUCCGCACGUUGGGCGACUUCCUGAAGGACAAGUACGACAGCGCCUCGGAGAUGGUGGUGGAGAAGCACCGGGAGUCCCGGGGCUGGGUGGAGACGCUGCGCGCCAAGUACGCCUUCUUCAAGCACCCGACCGAGCGCGACCUGGUCUACUACGAGAGCUCGCCCAACUUCUGCGAGCCCAACCCGGAGACGGGCUCCUUCGGCACGCGGGACCGCACCUGCAACGUGUCGUCGCACGGCAUCGAGGGCUGCGACCUGCUCUGCUGCGGCCGGGGCCACAACACGCGGACUGAGAAGCGCAAGGAGAAGUGCCACUGCAUCUUCCACUGGUGCUGCUACGUCAGCUGCCAGGAGUGCGUGCGCGUCUACGACGUGCACACCUGCAAGUGAGCCGGGCGGACGGACGGCAACCCCAGCGCCCACUCGCAAAGACCUUCAACUCAUACAGAAACACACUCAC